AUGUGGAUGCUCUUCUUGCUGGGUGCCCUGCUGGGAGCGUUGGGAUCAGAGGAGACGCCCUCUGGGGCCACUCAGCAGCUUCAGGCCCUUCACUGCCCGCCCUGUGAGAGGAUACACUGCUCCACCCGGCGGGCACUGAGGCUCCAGUGUAAAGGUGGUGUCACCACGGGUGUGUGCGGCUGCUGCCCCGUGUGUGCCAGGACAGAGGGCGAGACCUGUGGGGGGACGUGGGACUAUCUGGGCAAGUGUGAUGAGGGACUGGUGUGUGUUUACCAGGACGCAGCAGCUGACAAAGCAGAGGAAGAGAGCAGAGGCCUCUGUCGAACAGUGAUUGAACCAUUGGAUCCAGAGACGUGUCACCCAGAGUGCACCAAGGAAUUCUGUCAGGCCCAUCCGUCUGACAUCUGCUCUGCCAGAUCCGUGUCUCUGGAGAAAAGCUCGUGCCAGGGCUCUUGCCAACACACCUCCUGUUCAAGCUGUCUGCUGCUGAAGCCCCCAACGUGUCCUCAGACCUGCGGCCCCUCGGAUUCCACCUGUCUGCACCGCUUUGGGAAGUGUGUGCACCAUCACCUGAAGGCAGCUCACAGUCCCGUGUGCCACAGCGACCUGCAGAAUAAUCCUGAGGGGAAUUUUGUGUGUUUUGUCCCGGCCUGUGUGAACACACCAAGUCAACCCGAUGCGUGAGAAGAAGAAAUCCACAGAAGAUCUUCAAACAGAAGAUCUUCACCAGCUUAUGUAGCACGGUGAAAAAAGGCAGCUAUCUGUGAACUUUGUAUAUUUCAUUUUAUGUAAACCUGAGUGUAAUCCUGUGA